AUCGGUAUCGGCGUUGACAAAUCAUAAUCGGUCGACCUCUAGUUGUUACCUAGCCUUACCACCUAGGGGCGACCUGUCAGGAAGUCCAGGAUCCAGUUGCAGAGGGAGGUGUUUAGUCCUAGGGUCCUUAUCUUAGUGAUGAGCUUUGAGGGCACUAUGGUGUUGAAUGCUGAGCUCUAGUCAAUGAACAGCAUUUGAAUAGCGUUCUCACAUAGGUGUUCCUUUUGUCCAUAUGGGAAAGGGUGUUGAGUGCAGUAGAGAUUGCAUCAUCUGAUGAUCUGUUGCAAAUUGCCUUGACCAGCCUUUCAAAGCACUUCAUGGCAACAGAUGUGUGUGCUAUGGGUUGGUAGUCAUUUAGGCAGGUUACCUUCGUGUUCUUGGGCACAGGGACUAUGGUGGUCUGUUUGAAACAUGUUGGUAUUACAGACUCAGUCAGGGACAGGUUGAAAAUGUCAGUGAAGACACUUGCCAGUUGGUCAGCACAUGCUCGGAGUACACAUUCUGGUAAUCCGUCUGGCCUUGCGGCCUUGUGAAUGUUGACCUGUUUCAAGGUCUUACUCACAUCAGCAGAGAGCGUGAUCACACAGUCAUCUGGAACAGCUGAUGCUCUCAUGCAUGCUUCAGUGUUACUUGCCUCGAAGCGAGCAUAGAAGUAAUUUAGCUCGUCUGGUAGGCUCGUGUCACUGGGCAGCUCGCGGCUGUGCUUCCCUUUUGUAGUCUGUAAUAGUUUGCAAGCCCUGCCACAUCAGACGAGUAUCGGCGCCGGUGUAGUAUAAUUCAAUCUUAGUCCUGUAUUGAUGCUUUGCCUGUUUGAUGUUUCGUCGGAGGGCUUAGCGGUAUUUCUUAUAAGCUUUAGAGUCCCGCACCUUGAAAGUGGCUGCUCUACCAUUUAGCUCAGUGCAGAUGUUGCCUGUAAUCCAUGGCUUCUGGUUGGGGUAUGUACGUGUGGGGACGACCUCAUCGAUGCACUUAUUGAUGAAGCCAAUGACAGAUGUGGUGUACUCCUCAAUGCCACCGGAAGAAUCCCGGAACAUAUUCCAGUCUGUGCUAGCAAAACAGUACUGUAGCUUGACAUCUGCUUCAUCUGACCUCCUCCUUAUUGACCGAGUCACUGGUGCUUCCUGCUUUAGUUUUUGUUUGUAAGCAGGAAUCAGGAGGAUAGAAUUAUGUUCAGAUUUGCCAAAUUAAGGCCGAGGGAGAGCUUUGCACGCGUGCGUCUGUGUGUGGAAUAAAGUUGGUCUAGAGUUUGGCAAGCCUUGUAUUCUCGCACAAGUUCAUGAAUUAGUGGAUUUAUAUAUACUUUUUAUUUUAAAAAAUCCAAUAUAUUUUUCUGUUAAACUGUUUAUAAUUGGUUGCUCCUAUUCUGCAAAAGGGGGAGUAAUAUGCUUGAGCUGGUUGGCUUUGACAGCAGUUAGCCUAAGUGUAGGACAGUGUAGAGCCCUUUGGUCAUAUGGUGAUGCAGAAAAGAUGCUUGCAUGCUACAUUUCAGUGUGUGUGUAUGACCCAAUCUUACACACACACACCUUGAAUACAUGUGCUGGUUAGCAAGUUACAUGCUGUUUGCCAGAGUGUGAUUACCAGAGCUUGACAGUGAAUUGUUGGACAGUGUAGAGCCCCUGGGUUUUCUGGUGAUGCAGAAAAGGCUCACACACACAGAGGAUAUUUCAGUGUGUGUGAGGGACAGUGUGCAUGUUGAUUUGUCCCUCUUCAGUUACAUGACUUAGCAGAUGAACAGUGCCUAUUUAGCCUCUGGCCCUACUGGCCUCCCACACACAACCUUAAUUUUAACCAGGACCAAACCUCUCAUAAUAGGUUACUUACUGUGAUGAGGCUUGCCGUACUUCCCUAUGGUGUGGUUUUACCUUUUUCCACAGUUGUCAAAAAGACACAAGUUCCCACCUUUUUUUUGUAGUCUUCCAAACAAUAUGUAUUCCACAGACAUGGCAUUUGCAGGCUUGAUUUUAGUUUUUAGCUUACAGCCAUUUUUGUCAGAUGAAUAUUAUCUACAACAAAGAAUGAUACAUGACAAAAUGCUCUUUAGUUUUAACAUGCGUAUUAUGGCUUCUAUCAAGUCAUAGAUGCUCUGUGGAUUUUCAGGGGAGAGAAGCAGGUGACAUGACUGGAGCUGGGGCUGAGGAUGACAUCCCAUUGGGUGAAAGGAAGACGGUCACAGACUUCUGCUACCUGCUGGACAAGUCCAAACAACUCUUCAAUGGUCUAAGAGAUCUUCCUCAGUACGGACACAAGCAGUGGCAGUCCUACUUCGGCCGCACCUUUGACGUCUACACCAAGCUGUGGAAGUUUCAGCAGCAGCACAGGCAGGUCCUGGACAAUCGGUAUGGCCUGAAGAGAUGGCAGAUAGGGGAGGUGGCGUCCAAAAUAGGCCAGCUGUACUACCACUACUAUCUUCGUACCUCAGAAACAAGUUACCUGAAUGAGGCCUUCUCGUUCUACUCGGCCAUCCGUCAGCGGUCCUACUACUAUCAGGUCAACAAAGAGGAUAGGCCUGAGUUGGUAGUGAAGAAGCUUCGGUAUUAUGCCCGCUACAUAGUAGUCUGUUUACUUCUGAACAAGAUGGACCUAGUGAAGGUGCUGGUCAAGGAGCUGUCAGAGGAAAUCGAGGACUAUACACAGCGCUUCAACACAGAAGAUCAGUUAGAAUGGAAUCUUGUCUUACAAGAGGUGGCAGCUUUUGUGGAGGCAGACCCAGUGGUGGUGCUGAACGAUGAAAAUACUGUGGUCUUCACAUCCAAUCGGCUACAGGAGGGGGGCGUGCCUCAGUUGGAACAGGGAAUGGUAGUUGGCCAGCUUACCCUGGCAGAUGCACUAAUCAUUGGAAACUGCAACAACCAGGUCAAAUUCAGUGAGCUAACCAUCGAUAUGUUCCGCAUACUCCAAGCUUUGGAGCGGGAACCAGUCAACCUGGCUACUACAACUUCUAAACCUGGAACAUUGGCCCUUACCCCAUGUCUUCCUUCACAGGAACCCAGCGAGAAGCCAGCCAAGAGAGAGAACCCUCACAAGUACUUGCUGUACAAGCCAACGUUCAGCCAGCUCUACACCUUCUUGUCUGCCUCCUUUAAGGAGUUGCCAGCGAACAGUGUGCUGCUCGUCUAUCUUUCAGCUACUGGAGUCUUCCCUACCGGACGCUUGGAUUAUGAGGGACCAUAUGACUUUGGAGGAGUUCUCACCAACACAAACCGUGAUGUGGUGAACGGGGAGACUGUACAGAAAAGGAACCAAGCCCAAAAAGAGAUGCACUGCCUUCACCCUGGGGACUUGUUCCCUUUCACCCGGAAGCCUCUUUUUGUCAUUGUGGACUCUUCCAACAGCACAGCCUAUAAGAAUUUCACCAAUCUCUUUGGUCAGCCGCUGGUGUGCCUGCUAUCUCCCACAGUCUAUCCAAAGAGCAUGCAAGACCAGUCUCAGCGCGGCAGCCUCUUCACACUCUUCCUGUACUGCCCCCUUCUGGCUUUCUUGUCAGUGUGUGGCCUGAGCAGCCUGCGCCAAGGAUUGUGGGAGAAGGCCGAGGAGUUUCUACACAAGGUGUACCGUGACAUCGGCCAGAUGAUUACACGCUCACAAGCUAUAGACCAAGCCUUUCUACAGUUCUACGGUGAUGAGUUCCUCCGAUUGUUACUGAUCCGCUUUGUGUUUUGCUCGGCUACACUGAGACUGCACAAGCUCUUCCGGGAGUCCAGGAGCUUCCCGGAAUCGUACCCUCAGCUACCCAAACAGGACACGGUGGAGAGCAGCCUCCUGCAGAAGCACGUUCUGGAGCUGGCCGCCAUGUUGGAUGUGCGGAGCCUCUUUUGGGACGGAACGCUGGACGUGAACUACUAACCUUCAGCUGCCCAGCUCGUCACCACCACUAUACAAACGCAUACCACCGCUAUACGCAUUCGCACAAGGGAGAGUCCUCAUCUUUGAGGUAAUUAAGUUACUGGUUGAACACACUGCAAUAGUGUCUGUUUCUUUUUAACCCAAGAUCCCCUUAUUUCCCCUACCUAAUUUACUUUACCCUAUCGGCUAUACUUAUUUUAAGUACAUUCAUACAGCUACUUGUGGAAGUCAACUAUGUACAAUGCAAACAUGAACAAGUUACCUAGCUACUUAUAUCCACAUGAGCUGAGCAUGUACUACCAUGUUGUUACUAUAUAAAAAAAGCACUCAAAUGAACACAUGGUGCAGCUAUUUUGGUGGCAGGAGGACACGUGAAGCUAUCGAUGGCUUUAACACUUAAAAAGACAGAAAAUAAAUUAACAUAGUUUUACGACAGCACUGCCUGCAAUGGGUUCUAGAUGGAUGCUUCCAGCUAUCUGAACUGCAAAUGAACUUCAAUGCAAGCUGUAGGGAAGUCUCCUCUUCUGUGCAUGGGUAGAUGUGUUGGCCAAGUUUACUGGAUGUAGGGUUUAGAGUGAGACUAACCUCCAUAUUUGUUUACCCAAAUAGAUCUGCUGGUUUUAACACAUCUAAUUCUAAUGUAAUUGCCUGGAGGUUGCUUUUUUUGUUUAGUUUCAGUAGUCUGUUCUGGGUAAAGUAACAGAGUGCCUGCCUAUGCAGACCCUCAUGAACAGUUUAGCCCUGUUCAGAAACAACCACUUUCUCCUACCCUCUAGGCACCAGCUCUGACCCGUUUAGAUACCAGCUCCUAACAUCUAGGUACUAACAUACGGUGGCGGUGUCAGCGGCUCUGAAUGAUCUGCAAACAUAUCCGCUCAUUUAGUGCAGUGACUGAGCAAGCGGGAGGUCGCUAAUCUAUUUUCACUGUCUAUUACUCCUUGUAUCAGAGCAAGUUUUCGGAUAGGGUUUACCGCGGGUAUAUGUGUAGGCACCCUGCAGGUACACAGCUGCCCAGCCCCUCACAGGCCAAUCAAAAUAGAUAAAUAGACACAUCUCUCCCAAUCUUCUGCUUUUUCAAAGAAAUCACUUGAGGAACCAGGGUAACACUCCUUCUGGGGUGGAUCUUUUAAAAGAUUUAGCUUUGACCUUGAUUGGCAGCAUAUCAUUGGCUGCAUAUCUUUUGAGACAUUGUAGGGAUGGAAAAGGCCUCUCUAUGCUGUAGCCUAUAUGUUUUGGGGGUUGCAUCCCAUGGCAAUUAUAGUCUUACGUAUUCUCUACUUAACCGGCUUUCUCCUGACCAGUUCUUUCAGACCAGUGGGGAUUAAGGAAAUUAGGUAAAGGGGGUAGAUUCUGAGAUUCACCCCUCCUGAUUCAACAACUAUUGGUUUCUGGAAAUGUAGGACUUUGAGAGGCCCUGUGUCAUUCAUUAUAACUAAGCCCACAUAAUGGCAUUCCUCUGUCUUAGGCAUGAUGGUUUACUGGAGAGAGCUCAUGCUGCUGUUUCUCUUUCUUUGCAUGUCUUAUCAGUAUUCUUGUCCAUAGAGUUUACUCUGUCGAGUUCAUGUUAGUCUGUUUGCAGGUCAGUUCCAGCGUUAGCCGUCUAGUGAGUGCCCUGCAUGGCAGCAAGCGUCAUCUAAUUUCCUUAUAUUGAUGGGGGCUUGAAGCAAUGGAACCGGGUAGUGCUGAAACUGACUCCUGGCAACCAUUUUUAAGUACAUGUGUGUGGUGAUGAACAAAAAUAGCCAAAUCAUUUUGUUUUUUGUAUUUACUGAGAGAGAAAAAAUGAAUUUCAAAAGUAAGAAAUCACAAUUUUAAAUGUAUAUUUAUGUUUAAUUGAAAAUAACAGUAUGUGAUACAGAGAGAUGUUUGGUCUUUAGUACGUAUGUUGAAUUGUUAAUUGUAGAAGCUGUGAAAAAUAUAUGCAGUUGGCACAGCAAUUUUAAUGAAUGAACUGCACAUUGUUCCCCCAAACCCCCCCAUCAGUUGUUUUGGUCAAAUUCAGCCAGCAUACAUUCCAAGGACAUGGAGAGAGUCGGGGAAACUGGCACGGUUCUCCCUAUUGAAACUAACAAAAGUGGACCAUUUCAACAUGGGAAAUACUAUUCCCCAUGGCAAUUAUAAUCAUAUUUUGUUUAUUUGUUGACAAUGAUAAUAUGAUUAAUAAUGAUGAUAAAACAAUAGUAGCCUUGCACUUUACUGUAUUGAAUUAUGACCUAAUCUUAUUUGUCGUGCUGUCAGUAUAAAGGCAUGCCAGAGAACGUCCAAUCCAUUAUUCCCUAUGCCACCCCACGAUCAUUGUAAUACACAUUUAGAUAUUUGAUGUUUUUGUCAAUGACAAUGGACAAGAACACUGUCCAUAUUUUUUGUAAAAACCUUAAUUGUUGUGAUAUAUGAUGUUAUCUGUGUUAUUUCAUUAGAGCAUGCAUGUCUGUCCAUGUUUGGGAUGGCAGCACAGGGCAUGAUCAUCCAGAUCACACAAGACUAGCAUCCUAGCUCACUGGGAAGCACAAGCUAGUGCAACGAGCUACACUACCGUAGCUCAUCUUCUCUUCACUUAGGGGACCCACUUUCAUAGAAAUGUAUAUCUACAAAGCCUCUGUGGACUGUUUCAUUCAAACUGCCUUUUGGUUUUAUCCAGUUUUUUUUUCUUCAAGCACAUCAUGACCGCGGCGUCACAGUCCAAUUUUUAAUUGCCACCAUUUUUAUGGACCACUCCAAUUUCCAUAAGAGUUAUCACUGCCAAAACAAGUUGACUGAUGAGCUUUCAGGGAAGGCCAUGAAGAAUUACUGUCCAGUUGAGCAUAUCACCCAUGUUUUCUUGGACUAUCCUUGAUUCAUGAAUUUACAAACAUGACGAAGUCCUCAAGGGAAGAGGAAAAGACGGAGCACCCAUACUUAACUGAUUCAAAAAGGUUGCGAGUUGACGCAUUGUGACCGUGUCAUAUCAUACACUGUGAAUUGUAUGCAGUAAAACCAUUUUGGGACAUGUUUUCCUGCUUUGUCUUUGGGCCUUUGUUUACAGCCCGUUGUAAUCUCGUGGUGACUUUACUCUCCUCCAUGUAGUGUGUUAUUGUGCAUUGUAGUUAGGAGCAAGAGGGGAACAAAAAGCACUCCUAUUCUUAUAGAAAAGUGUCAAAGCUUCCUGUGCAAACUGAAGUGAAGCUGCCCCUUUACCGUGUAUCCCCAACCCAAAAUAGGUCUUACUAGUGAGGAUAGUACAGUAUAUGGAAAGUACAUAUGAUAUUUAUGCAUAAUGACAAAGCCCUAGACACCAUUUAUUUAUGUUAUAAUACUUGUAAAUUGUGACAGGAUGUGGCUGACCUCUUUCCCCUGUUGGCAUGUAGUUGAAGCCCCUAAUAAGGUGAAAUGUUGAGAAACAAAGGAAUGUCCAUUCUAUAAAUUACGUAUCUAUUAUUUGAAAGUCAUGUCAAUUCUGUGCAAUACAUUUCUAUCUGCAAUGCUUUGAACGUUUCGCACCAUUUGGAUAAGCCCUAGAUGAGUAACACAAUGAUAUGGAACAAAAAUGUAUUUAAGUAUGAACAUUAAUUUCUUGGGCCUAAAUCUAAAAUGUUACUUUGAGAGUAAGGGUGUUCUUUCUACCGGUUCCUACUGUUGUGGGAGGGAACGAUUUCAAAGUGAUAUAUUGGUCGGAAUACUCUUUCUUUAUAAGUUAAGGGUUUCUAGAGAUGCUAGUUAAACAUUAUUUGGCAUUCUUUGUUUAUAUCCUUUAAACGGUUCUGUCCCAUUUGUUGCCAAUUAUAUUUGAUGUUAAGUAUGAAGGAAAAAUAAGUUGACCAAAACAUGCAAGCUUUUUUGAAUGCUUUAAGAAAAUUAAAAGUUUGACUGUUUUGUUUUAA